ACUUUGUCCUUUUGACUACAUAGUUCACAAUUAUAUAUGUCACAAUCGAGCGUUAUCUUUAUGGAACUUUAGAUAAAUGUGUUUCAAUAGAAAUCGUAGUGUGAAAACAGAAAUAUUAUGGAUGACGCAAUUUAUAUGGUGCUUCUUAUAGCCUUGGUGGGAUACUCUGAAGCUCUUGAAUGUUACAGCAACUUCUGCUCAAAUGUUGUUGAUAAAGUUAAAUGCAAUAUCACAACAAGCACUCUAUCGUGUUCAGCUGGUCAGUCCUGUUACAAAAAUCUGACAACAGGACAACAAAGUCUUGGGUGCAUUGACAAUCAGAAUUGUGAUUCGCAUGCUGCAGUUUCUACAAUUGUUGGAAGAGAUCUUGUAUCUAGGGAAACGUCUUCGUGUUUUGAAUGCUGCUCCACCGACCGUUGUAACUCCGCCCUUUGUCUCCAUCCUGGACGUAAGAGUGAUGCUGUUUAUGUAUUGAAUAUGUUCUUGUUUAUACAUUAA